AUGUUUCGCUACGCGCGUCAGGAGCAUGUUGCGGCCAGCCUCGACGGGGAGGGUUGUCGGGCGCGUGCUGUGGCUUGCAACGUCGCCGACGAAGCUCGGCUGCGCGAAGCGUUACAGGGGCGUUCUGAUUUGCCUCCGAUUCGCGGUGUUAUCCACGCCGGCAUGGAUAUGGCAUAUGAACGAAAGAAACUCGGGUACUUCCAAGCCCCGUUGCGCCCCAAAGUGCAGGGCAGCUUGAACCUGCACAACCCUUUCCAGGACGUCGACUUCUUCAUUAUGCUGUCGUCGCUAGGCGGAGUUGUAAGCACCGCUGGGCAGGCCAACUACGCAGCCGGGAAUGCCUUUCAGGACCCGCUGCCAGGCUUCGGGCGGGAGCAGGGGCUCCAGGCCGUGGCUAUCGACUUCGGGAUGGUGGAAACCGUGGGCCACGUCGCAGCGAAUGCGCACGACAUCGGCCAACGGCUGGAGCGGGCCGGUCUCGCAUCGAUGACCGAGACGGAUAUGCUUCGCAUUGUCGAGUUGGCUAUCCGCGAACCGUCUGCGUCGGCCCAGAUCACAACCUGCAUCAGUACUGGACCGGGACCGCAGUGGGAGAAGUCGAUAUGGUACCGUGAGGGUCGUUUUGCAGAUUUGCGAUACCGGAAGACGGUCCAAAGUCAGGCCGAGACCCCAACCAAGGGCGAGGAAAGGCUGCGUGACCAGAUCGCUAGCGGCCCAGCGGGGGUGGGAGCGGCCGGGGUGGUGUGUAAGGGUGUUAUCAAGAAGAUAGGGGUCAUGUUUGGGCUGGUCGAGGAGGACAUAUCACCGGUCAAGAAGCCCGUCGCUGGCAGAUCUGUCGAGUGGACCAAGUUGGCUGCCAUGUGGAAGAAGUAG